AUGAUUCUUCUGGUGCUUCUUGCUACCUUCCUCAAGUUCUCCUGGACAACAGUAAAUGGGCUGCAUUGCGAUCAGAUGCUCCACUCUCAUCAGCCCCCUUUGAAUGGUAUUCCUAGCAAGCUCCUAAACAGUGUAAAGCCGGCAGACGUGGCGGGUUUCGCCUCUAUCGGACUGCACAUGCACAGCACUAAGUUGUCCAAUGUAGUAUCAAGACUACAAGAGCUGAUGAGCAUGUUCAAUCCUGCACUGAUGGAUGCUUAUUUGGAAGAAACGGACAUUAAUGCCCCUCAGUUUGCAAGAGGAGGCACAUUGCUGGAGCAAGCAGAAGAGGCAUCACGCUACCUCCAGAACAAUCCGCAUUCUUGGAAACUGUUACUUCUUUUUGUGCAAGUGGACCAGUUCUAUGCAUGUGACCAGCAGGAGGUUGAGGCCGUUAUCACAUCAGCCAUCAGCGAGGUGGACGCCGGCUUACAGCUGCUGCGUGAUCAGCUGAAGCGGACUCUUGUCAGUGUUGCAUUAUGGGAUGGAGAGAACGACACUUUCCAAAACAAGUUGUGUCCAUGUUUGGAGCAACAUCAAGACGGAGAGGUCAGACUUGUAAAAGCCACGCUGACUCAUGCCCUGCAGGCAUCUUUGGAUGAGCUCCUGGUGAAGAGACGCUGGUACAGCGGCAAAGACGACUUCGGUGUCAUCCUGCAGAAUAAACCGCUGGUCACACACCUCUCUCCUACUAAUGUGAGUCUUUUCAUGUCUUUCAUUCACUUUAAUGAGGGUUAUGAAGAGAUUGGGAAGCCUCUUUCCGAGUCGCAAGCGUCACAUGAGGCCGAUAAACUGAUGUUGCACUUGUGGACCAACCUGCUGCAGCCCGCAAGUGACAAACAUAACACAGACGACAAUGGAAACAUCAUCGCGUUGCAAUGUCCAACUGUGGACCGUCCCUUCCUGAGGACGGAGGGAAACUCUCCUACAAGUCACGGCGGCAACGCCUCUCCUGUCAUCCGUCCAAAUACAGGCACACCCAUGCACUGCGAGGACAUCGGCCCUUCCCAUUCCACACCCGCCUCUGUGCAUGAACUCAGGCCAGGAGAUAUCAGAGUGGUCGCUGCUGUGGGAGACUCUCUGACAGCAGGGAACGGAAUUGCAUCCAGCCCAGCAAACGUUCUGGAUGUCUUGACCCAAUACAGAGGUUUAUCGUGGAGUGUUGGCGGAGAUGACAACCUCACAACUGUAACAACUCUGCCCAAUAUAUUAAAGCAUUUUAAUGCCAACGUGACGGGUUACUCCGUUGGGAGGGGGAAACAAUACACACCUCAAGCUUUUCUCAACCAGGCUGUUGCUGGAGCAAAAAGCAAGGACUUGCCAUCUCAGGUGCGAGCCCUCGUGGCGAGGAUGAAGAAUGACUCUAGCAUCAACUUUGGGUCCGACUGGAAAGUGAUCACUGUGUUUAUAGGUGGAAAUGACCUCUGUGACUACUGCUACAAUUCUCUCUUUUACUCCGUGGAGAGUUAUAUCCAAAAUAUCCAAGAAAGCCUGGAUUAUCUCCACAAAGAGGUGCCUCGAGCUCUAGUCAACUUAGUCGAACCCCUGCACAUUAUCCCCUUGAGAGAAAUGCAUGUGGACGCCUCACUCAAAUGCCCCACCUGGCUUGUCAAUAUUCUGUGCCCUUGUGUUAUCUUACCAAAGUCCAAUUCUACAGCACUGGAAAAACUGGACCAACUAAAUAGAAAAUAUCAGCUGAUGCUGAGCGAGCUGGUCGAGUCCGGUCGUUACGACACUCGGCCGGACUUCACUGUGGUCACCCAGCCUUUUUUCAGAGAUAUCAUCGUUCCCAGACUGCCGGACGGCCGCCCCGAUCGCUCUUUCUUCAGUGCCGACUGUUUCCACCUGAGCCAGAAGGCCCAGACUCAGAUGGCUCGCUCCUUGUGGAACAACAUGCUGGAAACACUGGGAAACAAAACGUCCUUGCAGGGUUUUUCCGGAGACAUUCAACUGAAAUGUCCAUCAAAGACUUCCCCAUUCAUCCGAACCUAUCGCAAUAGCAAUUACACAUACGCUGCUCCUCCGCCAACACCAGCACCUAAUACAAACUGGGGAAGUGACUUCUCCUGUGUGGACCUUGCUCCAUCUCAGUCGGUGCCAACAUCGGUUCACAAGCUCAGACCAGCAGACAUCAAGGUGGUGGGAGCAGUGGGAGACUCCACGACGGCCGGCACUGGUGCUAAAGCGAAGAAUCUGUUAGAGCUCAGUAGAGAAUAUAAAGGCGUGUCUUGGAGCAUCGGAGGAGACCGCACACUGGACACGGUCACAACACUGCCAAACAUCCUAAGAAAGUUCAACUCAGCCCUGAAGGGCUUCUCCAAAGGUCAGGGUUCAAGACAGAAGGGCUUCAACAUGGCUGCAGCAGGAGCCAAGGCCUCGGACAUCCCAAACCAAAUCCAAGCUCUCAUAAAGGCCAUGCGAGAACACAAGGAGGUGAACUUUGACAAGGACUGGAAACUUCUGACAAUAUUUGUAGGAGGAAAUGACCUUUGCCAUUAUUGCAAUGACCAAAAUAAUCUGUCCCCCAGUAAUUACAGACGGAAUCUGAUGCUCGCUUUGGACAAACUCUACCACGAGGUGCCCCGGUUGCUGGUCAAUCUAGUGGAGAUCAUGCAGAUCGACACAUUAAAACAAGUCAAGAAAAACACCCUGGGAUGCUCCUUGCUUCAGAGAACUUCCUGUCCUUGUGUUAUUAACCCAACUGAAAACUCCCCAGAGAUAGAGGAGGUGAAACGAAUCAAUCUGGAAUACCAGGCUGAAAUUCAUAAUCUUAUUUCUGGAUCUCGUUACGAUGGGAAAGAAGAUUUUGCUGUUGUUCUUCAGCCAUUUUUACACAAUUCCUUCAUUCCUUUUAUAGGCGAAGGGGAAGCUGACACCACUUUGUUCUCUGUGGACUGUUUCCACAUCAGUGAGCGAGCUCAUGCCGAGAUGUCCAUUGCGCUGUGGAAUAACAUGUUGGAGCCUGUAGGCAGGAAACAGGCUUAUAACAACUUCACAUAUGACCGCUCCAAGAUUCACUGUCCCACCGAGUCCAGCCCCUUCCUCUUUACUAAAGUCAACAGUGCGCGUCGUCAACCUUGGACCACCACGGCCGCCUCCCACACCACCAGUACGACACAAACCGUGGUCAUGCACCGUUGUGCGACCCCCUUGCCGCUGUGGGUUCCUGUGGUGGUGGGAGUUGUUAGUCUACUGGUGGGCAUCGCCUUUGCCUGUUUCACGUGCUCUUUUGUGCUUCAAAGGAGAAGCAAAAUACAGUGCCCAGUAGAAAUGAAAGCAACAGGAUUCUAAUACAAUUAUCAGCAUUAAGUUGUCUCAAUGCCCGCAUGCAUCACACCUGGAUGAUUGGACUCUUAAGCCCACCUCGUCAGCCUCGCCCCAGUCUCGCUCUCUGCUGCUGUAUUUGAAAGCGGUGACUCCAAACCACUGUGCCGUGAGCGCUCAACACGUGCCAUAGGAACACUAGUCAAUUAUUUACUACUGUUCGUCUAUCUAUGCCAGAGACGUAUCGUGGCAAGCAGAACACGGAAAUGCGGCAGAAGGUCCGGUUCACUUGUGUAUACACCUGUUGCCAUUAUCCAUACAACAGAGAAUGAAGCUUUGUGUUCAAACAGGCCCACAUUUUUAACACCAAAACAUCUUUACUUCUGCAAAUGUACUUUUUGUAUGUUGGUGUCCCGCAAGAUUUUUCUACUGUAAAAUAUGCGCCUUGGCUCAAUUAAGGUUGGGAAACACUGUUUUAAAGGACUUCAUCUUCAAAAUCUCUAUCAGGGCGCAAACAAAAAUGUUGU